UAUAUUUCAAAGCUAUAAUUGAUUUUUAAAAUUAGCCAAAUAAUUUUCAUGAUUCGGGCACUUGAAACUACAAAGACGAUGCCGAACUGGUAGCGCCGCCAUCGCUGUCAUGCAAGUCGCGAUGUCGGCCGGAGAAAAUAAGCCAUCAGUGGCGUAGGAUUCUAUAUUUACAAUUAUUUCAAUCCAUCGUGUAUAAUUGACAGAAUUUAAUUUGUACGAGUUGCAAUAAUAUUUGAGUUUUACUGUAAUUACUUGUAGCAUUUUUCAAUGCAAAAGAUUUUAAUAUUUUAAAGAUUUUAAUAUUUAAAACAUUUUGAUAUUUAUAACAUACAAACUUUAAUUUUUGCAAUAUUUAUAUACAAAGUAGAGCUAGUUUUUGUAAAGAUAAAACAAUCUUGGAAACUGUAUUUCCAAUAUUUUCUUAAUUUCAUAUAUAUAUAUAUAUAUAUAUAUAUAUAUUAAUUUUAAUGUGAUUGAAUUUAAUUUAACUUUACUGCCUUUUUAUGAUAAUGAAGUUAUCCACAAAUUGCACUUAAAAACCAUUUUUGAUCGAUUUUUCAGAAUUUAAUGCAACUUCACUGUGUACAAAGAGAAGAGAAACCAUUUGAUUUAUUUUUAUUUCUUUUUCAAAAUUAGUUAGUAAUAACAUGAUUUUUUAAUGAUGUAAUGGAUGCGUUCAAAGUUCGACAGAAACACAAAUAUGGCACCUCCUUGUGCUUCUCGAUGAUGGGCCAAAGGAAGUUUAGGAUCUCGAUGUGCGCAAUUAACGUCUCCCCGGAAGCAGGCGAUGCGCCCAUUAAUAUUAUGUCAACGAGAAGAAAAUGCUUGAUACCUUCCGAUAUGGAGAACUUCAAGAACGCUUUCCUUCUAAGACAAAAUAAAAAUUCGGUUCUUCAAGACAUGUCGACGAUACCGCCGAAUUCUAUUGAUGUUAUAAAAGAGAACGUGAGUGACGCAGAUUAUCCCUUGCGAAGGACAAGCAAUAUCAAAUACGAGGUCGAUUAUUACCGGUUUCCUUACCAAAAUAUAAUGAAACAUGGAAAUAACAGAAUUGAUAGCUUUCAAGAUGCUAUUUUGGUGAAGGACGUGGGAGUAUCCUGCAGUCUUUUAAACGAAAACGUAAUCGAUUCUAACAUACCAAUUUCGGGAGUAGAAAGCUAUCUCAUUCGACAGCUCAAACUUGAGUACAAUGAAUUGUCAAGUAUCACAAGGAAAAUCAAUGCAUAUACUAAGGACAUUUUAAGCAACUUAGCAACUAGAUGCAAAAGGAAGGAUCAGGCUCUUCAAAAAUUGCGUGUUUCCUCGAAGCAUACACUGGUAUCGCAGCAUACGGAUGAACAGGAAAAUCCUUGCUUAAAGUUACGAUUUUGCAACGAUACAAAGCCAAAAUAUCGAUCAUCCAAAUUAAAUUUAAAUGAUGAUCGCUGCAAAAAAGAAACGGACAAGAAAAAGAAGUACGAUGCAUAUUUAUUGAUACGGGAUAGAAAUAGAGAGAAACAUCGAGUAGAGCUCGAUAAAGCGUUCUUGAAGGAAGUACUUGAACUGCCGCCGAAAGGCAGCGGUGUGUUGCUUCACAAUUAUCUAAUAAUGAAGAAGGAGAAAGUAUCCGGUAACGCAUCGAAAAUGUCUUUACGUAAAGUGGGAAAUUUCGUAUCACCUGACGCACAGAAGAAUCACAACGUCAAUAAAUCUUUCUGUACCACCAAAUGCGAUCCUUUAGUGUUCACUAAUUGGCGGGAAGUAUCCAGGCGAAAGAAUUGCAAAUUCACACGCGCAUUUACCGUCGGCACUUCCGGCAAAUCGCGAUGCACUGUUGCACCUGAUUCGCACAGUGUGUAAAUUCAAUUUUGAUUAAUUCAUUUAUUAUAUCAUUAAUUAUUUGUAACUAUUUUGCUGUCGUCACUACAU